AAUAUUUAAACAGUAGUAGGUUUUUUGAUAUCAGUUGUGGUCAUGACAAAAGCUAAAGAAAUUUCAUCAGAAACAGGAUUAAAUUCAAAAAAAGUAGAAAAUGAGUUAAACAUGAAGCCAAAGGCGAAAGAAGGAUCUUUCUUUGAUCCAAUGUCGAUUACUUGGAUGGAGAAAUACAAUUACAAAGUUGAGAAGAUUUGGUCCACAUUUCCCAGCCUCGUUCAAACGUCAAUUGUGACAUGUGCAAUUUUUCUUCUUGGCUCUUUUUUGAGAGGUGAAUGGAUGCUGAUUCUUAUACAUUUUGUGAAACAUUUUGGAUACACCGCACAAAAUGUCAGCAACUCAAGUAACGCUUCGUCAUUUCCAAUCAAUUGGCGUGAGCUUUCCAUGGAGAGCUUUUAUCUCAAGAACUUAUUUUAUUUCUGGGUGCCGGCUAUGACAAUCUCUUGCUCAAUGUACUACGGUAUAGGUGGAUUUAUUCACUGGUACUUCUACGUUCGUCAACGUGAUAAACCUGAUGAAUGGAAGUGUCAGCCACAAAAAUUUUUGUCACCUGAAUUGGAAAGACAUGAAAUCAUGCUAGGAAGCUUCAGCUUAUUAUGUACAAGUUCAGUCUCAGCAGUAUUGGCUUGUUAUAUGUUUAACGGUGGACCCUGUUGGGUAUAUUAUGCAUUCGACGAAUACACUUGGUUUUGGUGGUUUCUUCAAUGGCCCAUUGUUUUCCUCUAUAUGGAUUAUUUGAUGUAUUGGAUACAUCGCACUUAUCAUACGCCAUGGCUUUACAAAAAUUUUCACAAGCUGCAUCAUAAGUAUAAGCAACCGACGGCAUUUUCUGUCACCGCUAUUCAUCCAGUGGAAAUUUUACACAUUCAAUUUAGCAUGUUUCUACCAUUAUUUUUUUUCCCUCUACAUUGGGUGCCAUAUUGUGUGAUAUCACUGUACAAUUAUUAUCAUGGAAUCAUUGACCAUUCCGGGGUUAACUUCAAAGCAUUUUGGUGGCAACCAUGGCAACCUGAUGCCAUUUUCCACGAUAAUCAUCAUCAAUAUUUUCAUGUUAAUUUUGGAUUUAAUUGCUUUAUUUGGGAUAAGAUUCAUGGAACUUUCAGACUGAAAGAUCGCAUUUAUACUGAGAAGACAUUUUAUGGAAUAGGAAAGAAGAUUGAAGAAGCUACAGAGAAGGAACUGCUGGCUGAUAUCGCGGAACGUGAGGCAGAAAAUCCUCUAGCCUAUAGAGAUAACAACCCAAUCUAUAGAUUAUCAAGAGAUGAUUUGAAACUGAAGAAGAUUAAGUGAUGAGAUUUGAUGAUUCGAAUUUUUAUUUUCUUUUCUUUUAUUAAAAAGAAAUUUAUUAAAUAUCAACAUUUAUUUUAGAAAAUAUAUUUAAUUAUUAUUUUUA